AUGUCUUCUGAAUCAAAAACGACUCUUCUCAUGCCAUAUUCACCGAAGUCACACCCCGAAGUCAAGAUACCUAAGCUCAUCUACGGUACUGAAUGGAAAAAAGAACGGCAGGAUUGGUAUAUGAUGCGAUCAAGUCUGGAUUCCGAGGGAUUGACACCGCUGCACAACCACGCCACUAUCAAGAGGAUCUAGUAUGCCAAGGCAUAAAGAAAGCAAUCAAUGAGGGGAUUGUCACGAGGAAGGAGCUACAUAUAAAACACCCCCCCCCAUGUGGCACAUUGGAGUCGUUCCUGAUCAAUAAGCAAAAUAGAUACAAACAAAAUUCACAGCUCCAUCUGGCCAAGACCUAGAUAAUAUGCCAUAUGAUGCAUCGGCACCACUCGCGACACAAAUCACAGAUUCCAUCAACUCUUCUCUCAAGAACUUCACAUUCUCAUCGGGCGAGGAACCAUACAUCGACACAUUAAUCCUCCACUCACCACUAAAGACCCUUGAGCUUAACUAUGAAGCCUUCAACCUACUGGCGUCUUACGUGCCCACCAAGAUCCGUAGUCUUGGAAUAUCAAACACAGAUUUAAAGACUUUGACGGCCAUGCACGAAAAGGCGUCCAUCCCACCCUGCAUAGUACAGAACCGCUUUUAUCCUGCUACGGGAUAUGAUGUACCACUUCGCGAUUUCUGUCUGUAA